AAAAUAGAAGAACUUCAAAAGGAGAAUGAGAAAUUGAAGGAGGAGAUGAGUUCUAUAGCUGCAGGGUCGGCAGUUUCCAGUCAGCAGAGACAAAAGUUACAAGAUGAUCUUGCAAGAACUCAGUCCCAGUUACAGGGCAGCAGAUCUAGUGGCGAGUCAGAAGAACUAAGACGGAAGAUGGCAGCUUUACAGGUAGAACUGGAUGCUGGUAAGGGCAAGGUUUCAGGAGGUGACCCAGGAAUGGAAAAUGACCUUGUAUCAACGAAACAUGAGUUACUUCGAAUAAGAGACAUGCUUGAAAUGGCUGAAAAGGAGCUGGAGAAGAAAGUGAGUCAAACAGCACCAUUUAAGAACCUUAAACAGAUGUUGAUGAAGAAAAAUGAUACUCUAAAAGAUCUUAGGAAACGUUUAUCAAAGUAUGAAUCUGGGGAUGACUAGUCUGGUGGCUUGUUGGUUGUGUUCAUUAUGGACAGGAAACAUUCCAUAACUUACAUCAUAUUAACACAAGGACUGAUAUUACGAUAGGAAAUCCUAGAAAACUUCUGUCCUAUAUCUUUGUUACUGAUUACAAUAUUAGAUAUAAUAGAAAAAAUGUUAGCACAAUUAUAACAUAAAUUUUCAGUCCUAAUUUUAUUAGAAUUGUAAAACAGUUUUUGUCAAUUUAUAUAACGUCACCUUAUUGCACUAACUGUUUAAUCUGUUUCAAUUUAAUAGGAGUUAACCAGUUAUUGUACUAAGGUAACAAUAAUCUUUCAUUUAAUUUAAAUUUUAGUAAAGCUGUAAUCACAAAUAUAGUUUUAAUUUAACUGUUAAUUAUAGUGAUUUUUGUCCACUUUUAUAGCAGUAGUUUCAGAUCUUGUUAACCUUUAGCCUGCAGGUGACUGAAUCUACCCAUGCAACCAGUGCAGGCCAAGUUUAGCCAGCACUUCUGUCAGUUUCAUUUGUGUUGAAUAAUGGAGAAACUAAUGUUCUUUUACCUAGAUGUACAUUUUGUUUAACCCUUACCACGCUUUA